GUAACCUUGGAACAGAGAAACGCGGCGCACUGUGUCCCAUUACAACUACAGGGACUUUUGACUCGGCGCGCUUGCACGGGGCAGGUGAGCUCCGUUUGUGCGCACUCAGGUGAUUGUGCUACGUUAGGCAGAGUGGUCCACGGUGUUCCGCUCGGUCGUAUUCAUUGAUUAAUCAGAUUUAUUGUGAGCGCACAAAGCCCGUGUGUGCUUUAUCUGGAGCGCCCGCCCAUUGGGCUUUCUGCGGAGCGAUAGUGGGAGAUUGAUGAUAGUCUCUGGGAUUUGCCGUGGAGAGAGAGACAGAACGAGCCGCUGUGGACUAGUCUGAUUUGCUCUCUCAUCAGUGGAGGCAGGAGGGCGGCUUAUUACGGGCUGACAUCAAGAUCUGCUCCCUCUGAAGUCUUGUUAGAGGCGCUAACCAUCACAGACUUUGGCGCUGUUCGUUCUGUUCUGGAGGCUGCCUGAGAGAAUCGCCUCCGCAGUCUCAGAUGCGUAGUAAACGGGGAGGAGUGGGCUGGGUCGCCUAGACGCCCGGCUUCCAUACAUCCGUACGCACACGUCGUCAGUGAUAAAAGAGGAGAUAGGUGAGGGCGAACGCGAGAGGAACGGACGCACACAGUGGAGCUUUUUACCCUUUUCCAUUCGCAGCAGGACGCACGAAGGCAAGAGUCGGACAGUGGCGGUGAAAACCUCAUUUGACUUUCAAACACGAACCCCCUUAGCUUUGACUCCUUUUGUCGCUUGGGAUUCUUCUUCCUCCUUUCAGGAUAAGCGGGUAACCACAGGAGCGAGCACAGAAGAUUUGACUGACAGACUGUAGAGAAAGACAUCGCAUUCUCGUCUUCGCCAUCCACAAGGAAAUACUACAAGUCAUAGAUCUGUGGGGCAAUGGCAACCAGUGCGCUCCGGCUUCUCCUCGCCUGUGCCCUGCUUGCUGGAGUUGCCGUGGCUCAGAGAGUGGUGACUGUGGAGAGUGGGCCGUUGAUCCGGACAGAGGGCUCCCAUGUGACCAUCUGGUGCAACGUGACAGGAUACAAAGAGGGCGUGGAGCAGGACUUCGAGUGGUCCAUGUACCUGCCAUCGGUGCUGGACAGAGAGAUCCGCAUCGUGAGCACGGCGCAGCAGAACUACGCCUACGCUGUGUACUCCCAGAGGGUCAACAACAAGGAAAUCUACGUGGAGCGCCUGACCCGGGACUCAGCUGUGCUCCACAUCACUAAAGUACAAGCCAAGGACCAGGGGCUGUUCGAGUGCUACACCCCCAACACCGAUGGACGCUACCUGGGCUCCUACAGCGCACGCACCAACCUCACCGUUAUCGCUGACUCCCUGACCGUCACAGCCCCCGCUCAGACUCUGUCCAAAGUGGAGGGGGACACGCUGCAGCUCACCUGUGAAGUAUCUCGUAGUACUCUUCAGCACACACACUUGUCUGUGGGCUGGUACCUGCGCUCCCCCGAGGACGCCUCUGCCCCGCCUCAGGAGCUGGUCACCCUGUCUCGGGACUUCGUGCUUCGCUCCGGUGGGCCGUACAGACAGAGGAUGGCCGCGGGGGACCUCAGACUGGAUAAGACCAGCGCCACAGCGUACAGGCUCACCAUACACAAGCUGCAGCCCGUGGACCAGGGGCUGCUGUACUGCCAGGCCACCGAGUGGAUCCAAGACCCCGACGACAGCUGGUUCGCCAUGACGCGCAAACAGAGCGACAAGACCCAGCUACGCAUUCAGCCCACAGACCGCGACUUCAGUAUCCAGGUGAGCACGGAGCGUCGGUCCUUCACGGCCGGUGAGCCGCUGGAGCUGCGCUGCACCAUCGAGGCGCAGAGCGUGGCCGAGCGCUUCUUCUCGGUGUCGUGGGUGUUCAGCAGCUCACCGCUGGCCGUGGUGGGCCCCAGCGCCGUGCCCGUCCUGGGACCAGACUAUGUAGCCCGAGAGGCAGCUGGGCAAAUGACCGUACGCAAGGAGAGCGCCAACGUGCACCUGCUCAAACUGCAGCACCUCAGACCUUCAGACUCAGGGAAGUACAUCUGCAGGGUGACGGAGAGGGAGAAGACACCCACAGGAGACUUCAUCGACCGCAGCAAGAGAUCACGCAACGUCCAGAUCACAGUGACCUCUCCGCAGAGCAACAUGACGGUGAACAUGAGCAGCGCCGCGUCCGAUGUGGUGGAGGGAGACGUGAUCCAGCUGACCUGCUCCGUCAUGACCACCACGGGCCCUUUGUCGGUGGCCUGGUACUGGAAGAAAGACGAAGACGAAACCGGGGCGCCGCAGGAAGUCGCAACAGUGGAUCGCGAUGGCGCAGUAUGGCACGGUCCCAGCUACAGAGAGAGGGCGAGUUAUGGAGAUAUCCGAGUGGAGAAAGUACAAGGAAGUACUUUUACUUUGUCCAUUUACAACUCUUUGCCCGGGGACGAGGGACAGUACAGCUGCGUGGCGACGGAGUGGCAGCAGACUGGCAGUGAGCUGGAGAUAAACUGGGAGAAUAUUGGAGAGAAGUCAGACGCCAAGAAAAUCUCCGUCAAGACAGUGGAAUCCUCUUUCGUGGUAUCCGCCUCCUCUAGAACUCCCUACAUCACUUUUGGAGACUCCUUCGAUCUGAUCUGUUUGGUGAAGCCUCGCCAUAACCCACGCGUGCCCACCUCAGUCACGUGGCGAUUCAAACCCGCCAGCACGGACUCGGAGGAGGAGGGCCAGGGGGACGGCUUCAAGGAGCUGGUGACGUUCACGCGAGAGGGCACGCUGCAGUGGGGGGAACAGCUGCUUGGACUGGGCACGCGGACCACCGUAGAUCGCUCCCACUCCAACACAAACUUCCGCCUGUCCGUGACCAAAGCUGGGCGUCGGGAGGCGGGCAAGUACCAGUGCACCGCUGUGCUGUGGAGGAGGAAUUACGACAACAGCUGGAGCAGGGUGGCCAACCGCACCUCCAACCUGCUGGGCAUCAGCGUGGUGCAGCCAGAGAGCAAACUCCGCGUGCAAAAGACCAAUCAGUCCCAGGCGUAUUUGGAGGACAGCCGGGUGCGAAUGAACUGCUCCAUCACCUCUCAGACCAGCGCAGACUCCCAGCAUGCCGUUCUGUGGUACGUGAGGCGGGCGUCGGGCUCGGAGACGGACGAGCUGCUGUUGAGGAUUGAGCGGUCAGGAGCGUUUGAGUACGGGGCGUAUGCGGACGAAGAGAGGCUGAGGAGGAGGGUUCAGGCGGAGAGACUGUCCCCGCGUCUCUACACCCUCACCCUGAACAGAGCAGAGAGCAGCGACUCGGGGACGUACUACUGUCUGGUGGAGGAGUGGCUCAGUGACCCUGACGGAGCCUGGUACAGACUGGCACGGGAGGCGUCUGGUUUCACACAGGUCAUCGUCAGGCAGCCAGAGAUCCGCCUCCAGGUUGAGGAGCAGGAGUCGAACAUCACCGUCCCUGAGUCCGGCUCCAUCCGCCUGGGCUGCAGCAUCCCCUCACAGUCCUCCAGAGACUCCCGCUUCUCCGUGUCCUGGUACGUGGAGCGCUCGGACAACGAAUACGACGACGCCCAGCCCGGAGAGGAAGGAAGACAGAGGGAGUGCGUCUUCUCCAUCGGGCACGACGCUGUGUUCGGGAACGGGAACUGUAACCCCAGAGACGAGAGCGGGCCCAACUCGCGGCUGCAGUUUGAGAGGCAGACGUCGGACCAGUACAGCCUCACCAUCCAAGCGGCGCGCCCUAGUGAUGCGGGGAGGUACUACUGUCACGUGGAGGAGUGGCUACUUAACCCCCGUAAUGCAUGGUACCGCCUGGCCACCAACAACUCCGGGUUCACCUUCGUCAGUGUACGUGCACGAGGUGCUUCGUCCGUCCAUUCCGUGGUCUGCUCCAACGAGUCUCUGUUCUACUUCGUCUUCUUCUACCCUUUCCCCAUCUUCGGCAUCCUCCUCAUCGCUUUGCUGCUGGUGCGGUUCAAGUCCCGCAACAACAACAAGAGCCAGGAGGGCAAGAACGGCGCCCCGCUGCUGUGGAUUAAAGAACCGCACCUAAGCUACUCCCCCACCUGCCUGGACCCGCCCGCUCUCAGCCUCCACCCGGGGUCAGUGGAUUAAAGCUGAUGAAGAGUUUUUGUUAUAGUCCACUUUGAGGAUCUUUUAGAUAAAACCAGGAGACAAUCUGGACUCCUCUAACCGUCCUUCACUGCUGUGUUCAAAUAGGACUACAGAAUGGUGGCUACCUAUUUUAUGUUGACUAUCUGUGUGAAUGGAGUUGAGAGUGCUAGCAUGAACGCGAUAUAGAUUUGAAGGAGAAUAUUAUCCGCCUUGUUUUUUAUGAUUUCAGUGAAUGUCAUAGCUGUAUUUUGGGUUUUACGACCGUAUAUUUGUCUAUUUUUCCAAAAAAAAAAAAGAAUUAGAAGUGUUCACAUGGCGUCACCGAUCCAGGAUGGACACUAUUGAGAAGAAACUUGACUCGGGCACUGAGUGGAUGCCAAAAAGUCUUUGCACUGAUUCUGGCCCGCUGAUGCCGGUUGCCAUAGUGACGCUCUAGGCCCACAGACUCUGUUGCUGAUGAGUUGGUUGGCAGCCCGCAUACAGACAAAAGGCAAAGACACACAAGUGAGUGUCCUUUGCGAGCGCGUCCACCUGCCUUCACAACACAUCCGCCUUGGCAGCCCCUGACUGUCCUGAGCCUCACUGCCUCAGUCGCCCUGUGUCUGGCCCCUCACAGCCCCACAGCCUCGAGCAGACAGGAUUAGACUGAGAGGGUCCAGUGCCAUUGUAAAUAUGUCUGCUCUCUCCUGCUGUGUCUGGACGGCCUCGUGGGCAAAGGGCCUUUUUACAUUCAUUUUAAACCCGUGAGUUAGGCUGAAUCACACAGUGGGGAUUAUUGACUGAAUUGACCUGUUGCACAUUUCUUUCUGUUGCCCUUUGUGAACCACUAUGUUCUAUCUGUCAGAGAUUUCAGAAGAUGCAUAGAAUAAUGUCGAUCUGUAAGAGCCACUCUAAAGAUUAUUUAUGUGUAAAUGUUUGGUGAAACGCACUAACUGUUCUGUGCUCAUUAGAACAACAAAUCUAUGGGCAGAGGAAAGUGUUUGAUUUGUGUUUAUUUUAAAUUUUUCUAUUUAUUAUUUUAUACUAUUUUGCAUAGCUUUGUAACUUUUUUUGCUUUGAAAUUCUCAAAGAUAUGUGCUGCUUGUGUUGCCAGGCAACUGCACCAAGCAGAUUAUGUCAAUAGCCUGUGUGUUGGCAAUGUGGUAGAUGUAGAAAUGCUAGAUUUGUCCUGCGCAUUGCAGUCUGUAGCAUUUCAUACCAGAUUGUCCAGUCCAGUGUAAAGAUAAACACUGUAUAUCUAUAUAACUAUAGAGAAAUGACUGUGGCUUUGUGUGUAUUAUAGUUAAACAGACAGGUCACUCAAAUGGAUUCACUUCAUGCAUUUGCUUGAGUUGCGUUGAGUUUAUUUAGUAAAAUGUGAUGUAACACCUAGGUAGGACGUUUGAUCCAAGCGGGCUCAAAGUGAAGCAACACUAUAAUCAUGGAUUCCAGCUGGGGGCGCCCUCACCUCUCCUGACACUCAGCAGAGAGGAGAGAAGGAGUCAGGGGAGCUGAGCUGGACCCUCUCACUGCCACCACACCGGACAGCCCUGUCUGUGUCAAACUGUAUAUUGCAUGACAAUAUUGGGGAGGAACUUCAAUGUUUUGUAAACUUUGAACUCUUUGAGCAUUGUGUUUGUGUGACAGAGCAGAGCCCUGAGCCAACAGUUCCACCUUCAUUUAUUCCACUGCCAAAAACCUGUGAAGCAGUGUCCAAGGCUGGUGUAUAGAUUGUGUUUGAUAUUAUUGUUCAUAUUUGUCUUUUUAUUCUUUGCUUUUAUGCAGCACUACAUUCAAUAAAUUUAUGUCAAA